UAUAAAAGUGUUGCACUUUAAGGAUAUGUGAGUGUCCCAUCCUUGGCACAAAGAUGAAAGGAGAGAGGCAGCUUCGCGCCAUUGUCGGCUAAUGUGUCACCAAAAGACAGUAGCUAGUGUAGCUGCCCCUACUUUUACAUCCAGCAUUUGCUAUUCACAUUUUUAAUCUCACUGUCAGUUAGCCAGAGAUGACAAUGGUCAGAAAGAAACCAUCCAGCAAUGUUGGUAAGUACACAUGGACAGGUAAGCCUUACAAGAAGACCCACCAUCGACCCAGACCUCCCAGGACCAUCAUGACCCGCAGCCAGUGCUCCACCAGCAGUACGAGCUUCUUCAGCAGGGUCCCUGCAGAGGUGUUUGACAUGAUCCUUGACAAACUGUCUGUGCGGGAGAUUAGUGUGUUCGCCAUGGUGUCAAAGGAAAUUACUAGACAUGUUGCCGACUACAUCUCCACCGUCGCCUGGAAGAAUAAAAUGAUACUCCAAAGCUUUCAUUACGCCACCCUCCUUGAACAGAAAAGCACUAUUGGACACUACAGAGACCUUGGUUUGUUGUUCAAGAGGUGUACCCUGUUGCUACCCACAAAGGACAGGUUAAAGUUUAUCUUCAGCAAGAUCUCAAAGAUUCCUUGCUUCAUGUUGGAGAAAUGUGUCGCGCCAGACUGCUUUGGUUUCUCCAGCUUUGGAGCAUUCCUCCAGACACUGAUCGCAGGGUGGGAUGAGCUGGAGUGCCACAGAGUGUUCAGCUUCCUCUGUGACCUCACAAACCUGCUGCAAAAAAUUGAAGCAGUCAUCACGGCUAAACCAGGUGUGAAGUGGUACCAGGAAUUGCAGCUGCGACUAUUCUGCCGUCAGGUUCUUUUGGACCCAAACCAGCUAGAGUGUCAGUUCUGGCUGAUGCAGCUCCUGAAGCCUUGGCCCAUGGUCAGCCAGGCCCAUUUACUGUUUAUCCUCUACGGUCCUCUGCUGCCUGAGGGUUCACUUGGCUGGCAGGAUCUGGUGGACAGGGGGCUUCCCCACAGCGCUCUGUGGGACCUGGCCAAGGCCAUCCUCAUGACUUUUGGCAAACUAGAGGUCAAAGGCUGGAGCACUGACUCAGUGCUCUCAAUCUUGGAGGAGCUAAUUGUCAUUCCUCAACCAUGGCACAUGGAGAAUGUAGCUCGUCUUUUGGUGCUGUGUGGCAGCAGUCUCUGCUACAGUGUCCUGGCCAGCAAGGCUCUCAAUGGACGACUCCUUGAGCUCUCAAGACUCAUCGUCUACAUCGUACUGGUGUGUGAAAAGGAUGGCUACCACAUGAGCUGGGCGGUGAAGUUGGUACAGCAGAUCUGCAAGGUCUUCAGCACGGCUCCGGAGAGGUUCUACUUCAUCCAGCAACUGGAGAAUACAUUUUCAGAAGUCACCCGGGAAUUCUUUGAGUUUUCUGUAGCAGGGAACCACUUUGAUGACAGAGAGACUUUCCAGACCUUGUGUAUCCUCCUGGACUCCAGUGCUCACUUCCACACUAAAUUCCUCCACAUGUUCCUCAGAUAGGAAUUGUGCAGAUUAAAAGUGACAAAGUGCAGAGGAGCGAAGGAAGAGAUGAAUGUCACUAAUGAAAGGGCUUAAAGAAAGAACUGAAUGAUAGAGAGUGAUGGGUCUUUGUAAAAACAGUUCAAAUAGGAGGUUAAGACAGACUUGAACAAAGGGAUGUUGCCAUGGUGCUCAGAGAAAGCUGGGGAUGGAUUUCAACCUGCACUUGUAGAUUGAACAUAAAGGCUGUUUUAACUGAAUUGUUAUUUAUACAAAUAUUUGCAUCCAAAGUUUUGUUCUUAAGCCAUCUUUACAGUUAAGUUUUAUUACCAGUAUUUAAUAUUUAUUCAUUACCAGUAAUGUUAUUUAUCUUUAAUUAUUCAGAAUAUUUAUUUGACACUGAAGCUCUGUAU